CUUAGCACUAGCAGCUCAUGCAGAAGAUCCCUGGGAGGAGGUUCCUUAAUGGGGCAAGCUCUGUUGCUUCUCUGUUUACUCAGCAGGGCAGGAAGGGAACAAACCAGGAUGCUAUGAUUGUUUGGGAGAAUUUUUGUUCCAGAACGGAUACGAUUUUUUGUGGGGUUUUUGAUGGGCAUGGACCAUUUGGCCAUAUGGUUGCAAGAAGGGUGAGAGAUUCUCUUCCUUUGAAGCUUAGCGCACACUUGGAAUCAAAUUCUCGGAACCACUACUUUGUGAGUGAGAACAGCAUCAGCACAAUAGGAAACUUAACUUCAGAAGAAACAUUGUCUAUUUGCUUAGAUGAGGAAUCAAGGAAUUCUGCUGAUCUAGAUGAGGAUAGGGAUCCAGACUUAUUCUCAAUACUGAAGGAGUCAUUUCUGAAGGCUUUUAAAGUGAUGGACAAAGAACUAAAACUCCACCCAAAUAUUGAUUGCUUUUGCAGUGGUACAACUGCUGUCACCUUGAUCAAGCAGGGUCAAGAUCUUGUAAUUGGAAAUGUUGGAGAUUCAAGAGCAGUACUUGGGACUAGAGAUCAAAAUGACUGUCUGAUUGCCGUUCAGUUGACUGUGGACCUCAAACCGAAUCUUCCCAAGGAAGAAGAAAGAAUCAAGCAGUGUAGAGGUCGAGUUUUUGCUCUUCGAGAUGAACCUGAUGUGGCUCGGGUUUGGCUACCGCACAAUGAUUCCCCUGGCCUGGCUAUGGCUCGGGCACUUGGAGAUUUUUGUCUCAAGGACUAUGGACUGAUUUCGGUGCCAGAAGUCUCUUAUAGACGGCUCACUGAAAAAGAUGAGUUCAUUGUGUUAGCUACCGAUGGGGUAUGGGAUGUACUUUCAAACAAAGAAGUGGUAGACAUAGUAGCGUCAGCUUCCAGUCGUUCAUCUGCUGCUCGUUCCCUUGUGGAGUCAGCUGUUCAUUGCUGGAGGCACAAAUAUCCGACCUCCAAAAUCGACGACUGUGCAGUAGUAUGCCUCUUUCUUACCAACAACUCUGAAUUUAAUGCUGCUUCUGCAUCAGCUAAUGACAUCUCUUCUAGUAUCGCAAAUAAUGAAAAUCAUGUAGAAGAUGCUAGCAUCAACAAUAGCAAGAAGAUACCUGAAAACCUUGUAGAAGACAGUAAGAGAACAGGUAAAGGGAAAGGGGAGAAGGAAUUCUUAAAGGAUCAGUUAAUGGAGGGAGAUGAGUGGUCUGCUUUAGAGGGAGUUUCUCGGGUGAACACCAUGUUGACUCUGCCAAGGUUUAAUACUGCAGCAGGGAAGUCCAAGUCUAAGAAAUCAGUCUGAUUGUCGACAUAUAUAUAUAUAUGAGAAAAAUGAGUAUGUUCGGUACCAAGCACAAAUUUUGUGCUAGGUAGUGAGGUGUCCUAUUCCCAUUCACUAAUUCUAAUUUCCAACCGCUCGCCAACCCAUGUGAAUGUGAACCCGAUUUCAAUGAGUGGAGGAGAAUAUAUUACCUCACUACAAAGCAUAAAAACUUGUGCUUGGUACCAAGCAUAUUCAUCUCUCUCUCUCUCGCUCUCUCUCUCUCUCUCUCUCUAUAUAUAUAUAUAUAUAUAUAUGAUUGGGAACAUAGCAGGGCUUUUUAUUAGCAUGUCCGAGUGUUCUCUCUCCGUUUGUUCAUUUAUAUUUAUUGGCUCUUCUUUGUCCCCAGCGUGAGUAGGAUUGGAGUUUUUGUAAAAAUCCAACUCGGGUUAGCUUGAUUUGCUGUUGAUUAUUGUUGUCAUUGUUAGUUGCUGUUAUGUUGAUAAUUGUCAUUAUGGCAAAUAAAUUAUUUUCAACUUCUGAUUUUGUAUCCUUUUGUUACCUGAAAGACUCUUGCAAUCUAUGUUCAAACAUGUA